CUUUAGGUAACUGGAACAACAGUUCGCGACUGGCAGCGCACCGGUUUAUGUUUUGGCAAUGUGUCUCGUUUUGAAGCCAGUAAGCCAGUUACGCGAGUGGUUUUGUGACACGUUUAAUCGUUAAGGCAGUGAAUACAAAGACAAUAUCACAAUAUCAGAGUGUGGAAAAGAAUCAAUUUGACGCUUGACAUAAUUUGUUCGUAAUUUGUUUUUACCUGAAAAGGAGAUAACGGCGGUGUGCGUGUGAGUAUCGCUGAUACUCGUAUCGCGUCUAAGAAGAAGUAAUAACUGUGGUAAAGAGAGCAAAAUCAAAAAGAAAUCAUCGAUCGAAAGCGAGAAAAAGUUCAGAAUAGUGAGGGGAAGUGCUGGUAGGGUGAUAACAAACAUCGAAGAAAGAGAAAGAAAAAUUUACUACACAUUGUACGCACGACACGCACGACGUACGCGUAUGCACACGUAUAUAGAUACGCGCGCUUGCGGGCGCGCUUACACAUAUAGAUACGUAAUAACGUUAUAUACACGGGCAGUCAAGCACACGCACGCACACGCGCGCGCGCGUGCGCGCGUGUGUGUAUGUACUCUAUAGUAGAUGAAUAUAUACACGUAUUUGUACAUAUAUAGAAAGAGAAGAAGAAGAGAAGGACGGUGUGAGGGAGGUUAAAGGAGGGAGCUUGGGGAAGGAGCGAGGGAACGAAUGAGUAAGGGAGAGAAAUAUAGAGAACAAGAAAGAAGGAAGAAAGCGAAACGCGUGGAAGAAGGGAAAUAGGAAUCGAAAAAUACGGUAGUGUUACAUGUGAUAUGCGGUGUUUCGCGAGUGCUAAGCGAUCCGCGUGGGACAGAAAAUCGUAAAGCAAAACAAUCGACGAACUUUCUCCCUUUUGUUUCGUUUUGUUAGUUAGAAUGGGUUUACCGUUGCUGGUAAAUUUAAUCAAACUAUCGGUACGACAGAAAAGUAAACUGUUCAAGACUGAUUAUCGCCGAUCUCGAAUUAAUAUCUAGAUGAAAGAAUUGAAGAUUGUACUUGAAAUAUGAAUCGUGCAUGGUACAAGAUUGUUGAGUGCGAGGAAGAAGGAGAAUAGCGGUGCAUGGAAGAAAGGAAAAGCGAGAGUCAGAGGUGUGAAGAGAUGAUUCCAUAAAGACGGACUGGAGGAUAUUGGGGAAGGGAAGGGAAGGGAAGGGAAGGGAAGGAAAGGAAAGGAAAGGAAAGGAAAGGAAAGGAAAGGAAAGGAAAAGGAAGGGAGAGGAAGAGACGGUAAGGCAAAGGAAACAGGAAAGAAGAAACAAAGAGAAGAAAGAAGGAAACGUGCGCGAAAUAAUUGUGAAGGCUCGAAGUUUUUGAAAAACGUGUAUAUGUGUGUGCGCGUGUGUAUAUAUCAGUGGGCAAGAUGGAGGAAAGUCAGCUGUUGAUGACGGAACUUCCGGCAUUGACGCCAAGUCGCGGCACAACGUUGCUUCAUCGUUCAGGACAUUAUUAUCAGUUACACCAGCCGCACCUGGCUGCGAUACCGACGUCGCCGCAGAGUCAGGGGAUUCUUUACAACUCAAGUAACGCGCCGUCACAUUAUACCAGCGGUGCGACGACUGGCCUACCGGUGUACGCGCAAGGUCUCUCGUCGAGGCAACAACCGCAAGUAACUGCUCGUGGUACUGUCACAGUACCGAGCACGCAUAUCUCCUGCUUGUAUCCUGAAAUAUUGGCGCUGAUCUUUAGCUACCUGGAGGUCAGGGAUAAAGGACGCGCUGCCCAAGUAUGUACCGCGUGGAGAGACGCGGCAUAUUACCGGUCUGUCUGGCGAGGGGUUGAGGCCAGGUUACACCUAAGAAAGCAGGCCCCGGCAUUAUUUGCUAGCCUGGUGAGAAGAGGGGUAAAAAGGGUCCAGGUAUUGUCAUUGCGAAGAGGUCUCGGCGAUGUUUUGAAAGGCGUGCCGAACUUGGAGGCCUUGAAUCUUUCAGGUUGCUAUAAUAUAACCGAUGUAGGCUUAAUCAACGCUUUCUGUCAAGAAUAUGCCACGCUUAUCGAACUGAAUCUUUCACUGUGCAAACAAGUGUCGGAUAUUUCUCUCGGUAGGAUAGUGCAGUAUUUAAAAAAUCUCGAGCAUUUAGAACUCGGUGGUUGCUGUAACAUUACAAACGGAGGGCUUCUCUGUAUAGCAUGGAAUUUGAAAAAGUUAAAAAGACUUGAUCUACGAAGCUGUUGGCAAGUAUCUGAUUUGGGUAUCGCUCAUUUGGCUGGUGUAAAUCGAGAAUCAGCCGGGGGAAAUCUCGCGUUGGAGCAUUUGAGUCUUCAAGAUUGUCAGCGGUUGAGCGACGAAGCCCUCAGGCACGUGUCGAUCGGUUUAACUACCUUGAAAUCCAUUAACCUUUCGUUUUGUGUGUGCAUUACCGAUUCGGGGUUGAAACAUCUGGCCAAGAUGUCUAGCUUGCGUGAACUGAAUCUUCGAUCUUGCGAUAAUAUCUCCGACAUCGGUAUGGCUUAUCUCGCGGAAGGUGGCAGCAGGAUUUCCUCGUUGGAUGUAUCGUUCUGCGACAAGAUUGGAGAUCAAGCGCUCGUUCACAUUUCCCAAGGAUUAUUUAAUUUGAAAUUACUUUCUCUCUCUGCCUGUCAAAUCAGCGACGAAGGUAUCUGUAAGAUCGCAAAGACCUUGCACGAUCUCGAAACACUGAACAUCGGCCAGUGCAGCAGAUUAACGGAUAAAGGACUCUACACCAUUGCCGAGAGUAUGAAACAUUUGAAAUGUAUCGAUCUUUAUGGAUGCACCAGGAUAAGUACCAACGGUCUAGAGAGGAUUAUGAAGUUGCCGCAAUUGAGUACGUUAAAUCUUGGUCUUUGGCACGUGCGGUGAUGGCUUUUUCUCAACCGUACUACAUGCACUAUUUGCGUCCCUAUAUUCGUACGAGUAUUCGACGAACGUGUUUCCUCGGUGCCUGCGAAACAUCGCCGGAUGCCAUGCCGAUUUUAUACUUGUAUUUCUCCUAAUUAUUUUCUCUUUUAAUUCUUUUCUUUUUUUUUUACCAACGUCCCUAACACUUCCUCUCCACCCCACCCCGCCUAGUCCGCGUCUUCUUACGUACUACUUUUUAUACGCUAUCCUAUCAAAUCACUUAUGGACAGCAGUAGCAACAGCAGCAGAUUCCUUUUUUUUUUUCCUUUUUGACCAUGCGACGAUUGUGUAAGGUGUCUCACACUCAUUUUUUCUUCUUCUCUUGCCAUCCUUGCGUAUCGUGUCAAAGACGAAAUUUUCACACUUUUCGAUCAUUAAUGUUACAAAGUGACAAACAAGGUUCGUUAAUCAUCGGUUCGAUAUACAUAUAUACUUUAUUUUUCAAAACAAAAACUUUUUCUCAAAUUUUCAGUGCUUCGUUCAUCCUGCACUUACUGCGAUAUUGGUAUAUCAAUAUUCAAUAUAUUUAUAUCAUUGGAAACUAAUUUCAUUUACGAUAAAUAUGCAGCAUUCGCGUAUGUUCGAAAACUCAUUCGUUUCUUUAAUCAUACGUUUGUUUCCUUUGUCAUAACUUUAUCCGAAUUAAACGUCGAAGAUUUAGUUACACUCUAGUCUAACGUUUCCGCUCUUUUCGUGCUUUCCAAAGCGUUCUGCAUAUGCACGCAAUGGAAAACGCGUAUCGAACUGUUUCUUUAUUUCUUUACUCCAUUAUCGUAUCAAGAAAUAUGCGUAUUUUCUUUAUUAUACAUACAUGUGUACAUAUAUAUGUACAUACUAAUCUGAUACGUAAAUCUUUGUCUCUUUAACGAACGAAAUAUCGUAACAAUUUAACCAAGGUGUUAUACUUGAUCGAUUAGAAUCAUCCGCCGCUCUCUCGGUCUCUUUGCAAUAUUUUAUACAUUUUUCACCUUCUACAUAAACGUAUAU